CAGCCCGCAAACAACCCUGAGUUUCCAUGCACGAGCACGACCCUGGCACAAGAGAAUGUUUUACGCGAAGCAGUCUGCGACGACAACAUAUGUCCGAGGAUGCAGUGCCUGGUCAUGGAUGCCUCCUUCUCAAUGGUCACCAUGCAAGGUGAGGACAGUGGGAUUGCCUGGGAGACCAACCAGAGUUGCUGCUCCAUACCAAAGGUACCUGAAGCCAGGAAACCCGCCGAGGAACUCCUCCUUCCAGCCUUGACAACACCUUGCCCGUCUGGCUCUAAUCCAGCAGGAAAAAUUAUCUUCGUUAUGGAUGAGGAAAUGAUGUCAAGACGGAGGAAAACUAAAGCAGAAGGGCAAAAGAAAGAGAAAAGUAAUGACAUCUCAGAAGGGCUAGUGGGCAUUUCUCCACUAACUAUGAAAGAAGACGGAGAAAAAGUUGUUGGUGAUGAUAUGCAGCUAAGCAUUUUUAGUUUGGUGUCUGAAGGCUCAGAAAUCCUCAACAUGGUUGUUCCUCACGAACUGGCGACUGUGGAUGAAGAGGAGAGCAUGGGAAUGGCAGACAACCUUUCUUAUCUGGAGAAGCACUCGGCCUCGAAAGCUGAUGAAGUUUUUGACCAGGACAGCGAGCCAACAGCAGAUUCCUCGGUGGGAUCAGGUGAAGAAAUUAAAUCUGCACUGCUUCCUGGAUUAAGUGUCACAGAUCCACCAGAACCUCCUGUAGCAAAGAUUCCAGGAACUGAAGCUGCUUGUAAUGUGGACGACUUUGAAGCAUUCUCCUUGAGUGAAAACCAUACACCAGGAAGUCCUGCAGUGGUACCACCUGAGCGUGAGGUCUCUAAACACCAAACUCUCACAAAGGAACCAGCGCAGCUUCAAGACGCAGCGAUAAUUGAUCACCACAAAAGUCUAGAUGUGGUUAAUCCAGAAUCUCUCACUAGCGAGCUUCUCGAGGAAUUCUUUUACAGUGGUUCUGACAACUACGUCAAGAGACAUAACUUGGAUGGAGAGGAUGAGGCCAAGCUUUCUCAGAGUCCUUCCAAACACAAUGGAUCAACCUUGUUCGGAAGCCAAGAGGGCAUCUUGACUCCGGUCUUCCUGCCUGAAGGGCCUCCCAAGAUUAUCGAUCCAGUUUUGUUAGAGGAACCGAGAGCCAUGGCUUUCCUAUACAACGACCUGUACGAGGACGCAGUGGGAAACUCGAAAAAGGACGAUGAGACAGAAAGUGCCGCCUCUGAAAAGUCAUUCCACAGCAGGCAUUCGGAUCGGGAGGCCAGGGGCUACCUGGAGAAGUAUGUCCUCAUAGAUGAGACUUGUGUGGUGGAAGAGCAACCAGUUCUUGAGGAAAAGACUCCACUUUUAAAUCAGGUUUCUGCAGAUUUUAUAUCCACACACCCCCAAUGUAAAAUGCCAAUCUCAUCCGAGGAUGAAAUUACAGAUUUCUUCAGGAAAAGUGCCAGUUCUUCUCCAUGUGACAAGCCUUUCCCUAUUUCCGAAGAAGGCGACAGCAGUCCGUCAAGUAUAAAUACCAUCACACAAACAGAAGUAAAAGACACUGGAAUCCCGGAAGACCCGCUUAGCGUCCUUGAGACUUCCUUUGAACCUUACUGGGAUGAGUCUGAUGAUGACGCUCUGAUGGAUUCCGAUACACAAAUGUGGCUACAAGAGCCAGAAGUGGUAAAACCAUGUCCUCCUCCCAGGAGAAAAACUGCAUCAGCCCUGAAAGAUAAUCUCGCCUUAACACCUCUGACCCUAGCAGAUAGACAUGUCGAGGAAGAACAACCAGAGGAAGCGGUGGAGUCAGUCAAGACGACUGACCAGGGAACCGGAAACCAAGCUGUCCAGAUCCCGUGUGAUGUUCCUUCAAUAGUCACUACAUGCAACAAAGACAUUACUGAUCCAAAACCAUCCGACAAAGUGGACACUGAAGUGGCUUUAACCCUGACGCAACCUGACGCAUCUGAAUCAGAAAAGGUUUAUCCUGAGAAACAAGACGAUUUGCCAACUUUGCCAACCAAGUCAGCAAAAACAACUUGUACAAUUCUUUAG